AUGGCUCAGCCGCCGAUGUCGUUGCGAUUCUUCUCGGCGACCAAGCUGGCGAUUGGCGAUCGUCGUUGCUCCAUGACGCCAAAGAACGUUGAGGAGCAAAUGUUUUUGCGUGCCAAUUCGCAUCUUUGGGGAAUGGCAGACGUCCAUGAGUGUAUCCGCGCCUUCGAGUAG